AUGUAGCUCUCCAACCACAGCCCUCUCUUCUUCUCCUCCAGGCUGCCAACCCGUUCUUCAAGCUGCUGACGAUGCUGAUGGAGUUUGCAGGCGGACCCCCGGGGAUGCCCUCCUUCGCCUCCUACAUCCUGCAGAGGAUCUGGGAGGUGAUCGAGUACAACCCGUCCCAGUGUCUGGACUGGUUGGCGGUUCAGACGCCGAGGAACAAGCUGGCUCACAGCUGGGUUCUGCAGAACAUGGAGAACUGGGUGGAGCGCUUCCUGCUGGCGCACAACUACCCCCGAGUCCGCACAUCGGCGGCGUACCUCCUGGUCUCCCUGAUCCCCAGCAACUCUUUCCGUCAGAUGUUCCGCUCCACGCGCUCUCUGCACCUACCGACCCGCGAGCUGCCGCUGUCGCCCGACACCACGGUGGUUCUGCACCAGGUCUACAACCUGCUGCUGGGGCUGCUGGGCCGCGCCAAGCUGUACGUGGACGCCAGCGUGCACGGCACCACCAAGCUGGUGCAGUACUUCAGCUUCAUGACGUACUGCCUCAUCUCCAAGACGGAGAAACUCAUGUUCUCCGGGUACUUCAUGGACCUCUGGAACCUCUUCCAGCCCAAACUCUCGGAGCCGGCCAUCGCCACGAACCACAACAAGCAGGCUCUGCUCUCGUUCUGGUACAACAUGUGCGUGGACUGUCCGGAGAACGUGCGUCUGGUGGUGCAGAACCCCGUGGUGACCAAGAACAUCGCCUUCAACUACAUCCUGGCCGACCACGACGACCAGGAGGUGGUGCUGUUCAACCGCGGCAUGCUGCCCGCCUACUACGGCAUCCUGAGGAUGUGCUGCGAGCAGUCGCCAGCGUUCACCCGCCAGCUGGCAUCGCACCAGAACAUCCAGUGGGCCUUCAAGAACCUCACGCCACACGCCAGCCAGUACCCCGGC